AUGAGCAAUUGUCGACAGAGGUCCAUCACCACAAAUAUCAGACAUCGAUGGGAUAUCUGUCGUGGUGCCCUAUCUACGACCUCCCUGAGCUGUCUAGCAGCGCAGAAUCGAGAUACUGAUCGUCGUCCACACAUACUUCAAUUUCAUCGGGGAAUCAAAAGCAGUUGUGGCACGGACCAUGGCUCUGCCACACAUGGUGUCCAAGAUGAGCGCGUCUUCUUCUUCGAUAUUGACAAUUGCCUCUAUCCAAAGUCCUCUGGUAUCCCAUAUCUGAUGAAGCAGAGGAUUGAGCAAUACUUUAGGGAUUCUGGUAUCCCACAUCACGAAGUUGAGACCCUGGCGCAUCGCUAUUAUGUGGACUAUGGAUUGGCUAUCCGAGGUCUGAUCGAGAAGCACCCAGAUAUCGAUAUUAGCGACUAUGAUGACAAAGUGGAUGGAGGGCUUCCGCUCGAGAAUAUCCUGAAGCCGAAGCCGCCGCUUCGAGACAUGAUCCGAUCGAUGAAGGUUGGCAAGAAAUGGCUCUUCACAAACGCGGGCAAAUAUCACGCCAAUCGAGUGAUCAAAAUCCUCGGCCUUCAAGGGCUGUUCGAUGGGAUGACAUUUUGUAAUUAUCUGGAGCCUCAUUUCGUCUGCAAACCAGACCGUAAGGCAUUCGAAAAGGCUAUGAAAGAAGCACGCGUGCAGAAUCCUGCGUUUUGCUACUUCGUGGAUGACUCCGCCCCAAACAUCGCGAUGGCCAUCAAGAUGGGCUGGACAGCAGUUCAUGUGGACGAGUGCCUAUCCGAGUUGCCUCCUGUGGGCCAUUUUCAGAUCCAUUCCGUGGUCGAUCUCCCGAAAGUCCUGCCACAGUUUUGGGACCACGGCGAGAGCGAAUUGCGGACGCAAAAGAGGACAUGA